GGCUUCCGUGCGCCGCCCGCCACCAACCCGCUCGCCACCAUGUCCGUGGAGCUCGAAGAGGCCCUGCCACUGACGCCCGCCGAGGGGACGACCAAGAAGGCUGCUAAGGCUAGCGGCUCGGCGGCGCUGUCUCCGGCCAAGAAAAGGAAGAACAGCAAGAAGAAGAACCAGCCGGGCAAGUACAGCCAGCUGGUGGUGGAGACCAUCCGCAGGCUGGGUGAGCGCAACGGCUCGUCGCUAGCCAAGAUCUACGCCGAAGCCAAGAAGGUAGCGUGGUUCGACCAGCAGAACGGGCGCACCUACCUCAAGUACUCCAUCAAGGCGCUGGUGCAGAACGACACGCUCUUGCAGGUAAAGGGCACCGGCGCCAACGGCUCCUUCAAGCUCAACCGCAAAAAACUGGAAGGCGGUGGGGAGCGGCGCGGUGGCUCGGCGCCCGCCCCCGCCCCCGCGGCCGCCUCGCACAAAGCCAAGAAGGCGGCCCCCGCCGCAGCUGGCCCCCGACGCCCGGACAAGAAACCCGUGAAAAGCAACAAGCCCGAGAAACGUUCGCACAAGAAGGACCCGGGCGGCGGUGCCGCCACCGCCUCCAAGAAGGACAAAGGCAGCAAGGCCAAGAAGGCGGUGGCCGCUGGGGGCAAGAAGGUGAAGAAGGCGGCCAAGCCUAGCGUCCCCAAAGUACCCAAGGGCCGCAAGUGAGCGCACUGGCCUGAUGGGAGGCGCCUGCUUGGGCCUACUAGGCCAUUUUUGGUUUUCUGGUUGUUUUUUUUUUCCCUACCCCAAGUGUCUGUAGGUUUUGUACGAUUUACUCUGGGUCCCCCUCCGCCCCUUCUCCCUCCUUCCCCCUCUCCGACAAUGUAGUUUUUUUGUUGUUGUUUGCUUUGGAUUUUUGAAACAGCCCCGGCGACGCCCCUAUUGGCUCUCGCCCUUGGCAACGGCCGUCGCCAUGGUUACCGGCCACUAGGCGCCAAUGGCCGAGGCUUCGGCUGCCGGCCCCGGCGCAACCGCAGGUUGGCCAAGGCCCAGGCGCGCGGUACGUGGCCGCCGCGCCGCCCCUCCCCAGCCCUCACCCCCCUACCUUUGGGUGUGCGACAAACAAUCGCUCGGGGCGCGUGGCUGCGCAGCGCUUCCCUUCAC